AUGAACAGUAUUUUUGAACAAGUCGGCCAAAUGGAAGCUGAUAUCGAAUGUAAUCUUCCAUCUGAACUAAUUGAAAUGAUUAUUUGCCAUUUCGAUGGUAGAACUAUGCUUCAGUUCAAAUUGUUAUCCAAGAGAUAUUAUGCUAUCGCUAAUAACGCAUGUCAUCACAAUAGACUCUGGAAAAAAAUUUGCAAUAAAGAAAUACCAAAACAAUAUAUUUUUGAUCUAUUUAACAAACAAAUCGAUAAAUUUGUUUCACUAGAAUCGAUUUCGGAAAUUGAGUAUGAAGGAUUAUAUAAACACUGGCUUCAAUGGCAAAACACUGUUUUCAAUAAAAUGCUUAUAAGCGAGCAGCAUUUUUUGGGUCUUGACAAUAUAAACAUAAUUGUUUGUCAUAAACUCGAAGUCAAAGUCAUAUUUAAAAAGCAUAUGUGUAUACUUUCGCUUAUUGAACACGACAAGAAAGUCUGUAUGGAAAAUUAUAUAUUAGAAUCUUACAACCCAAACAUGCAACAAAGUAUUAUGCCGAAUUCUCAAACUAUAAUUAACCAAUAUCGCAAAGACCUGCAGAAACGUAUGACUUACUAUCGAAAUGGUUUAGUCGUGUAUACAGAUCAGACACCGGGUGGAAAUCCUAAGAAAUAUUAUACCGUUCAACUCACAUGCGCGAACACUAAUACUUUUACCACUCAAUCGUGGUACAAUUGUUAUUUAAAUCUGAAGCCAAAAUUAUUCAAGAGAGGCUUGUGUUUUAAAUUUAGAAGCAUCAUGUGUGCAUCGAUAGAGCAUGGCCUGGUCAUCGGACGGACACCAUAUGAUGACAUCAUAAUCUACGACAUUUCCAAGAGAUAUUGCAUGAUUCUUCAUUCAUGGCUAGAUGGUAAAUACUCCAAGGCUACUGCGAUGUACAUAUACUUGAAUAUUUUGUUUAUAGGCACUGAAAAUGGCUAUUUGUUGGCAUAUCGUUUGAAAUGUCGGGAUGACUUGUUGAACCUAAAAAAAAGCAAUAUAUUAUUAGAAGAUCGUUUAAAUAUUGGGCCAAUCAUAAAAUUAGAUAUCAUGGAUUACAUGAAUAUCAAAGCUGUAAUAGUUGCAUCGUCGUCGAAGGUUUUAUGGAUAAAAAUCGAUUAA